AUGUACACCUUUUUCAAGUCUCAGUUCUUUCACUUCGAGUUCCUCCGUGUCAUUGGGACAGCCCCCUUUGAGGGAUGCGAUAUUGGGGAAUGCCUGGAAGCACUUGCCUCAAUCCGAAAUAAUGACGCGGAAGGCUGGUUUCGCGCCUGGGUAGAUAUUGGAGCCAAAGCAGAGAAGGUUGCGGUCGAUGCCGACAGGCGGGGUGAUCGUGAAGCAAGUCGAUGGGCGUGGAUCCGGUCAGGUAACUAUCUGCGUGCUGCUGAGUACAUGCUGCACUGUACUCCGAAGGACCCGCGGCUGUUGAAAACCCUCGAGCAUAGUGUGUCCAACUUCCAGCGCGGAUUCCAAUUGCUAGAGGACCCCAAUGGUCGAGGGGGGGAGGUCUUGCACCUGGAGAUACCGUACAACGGAGACAUGAUGCUGCCCGCGUACCUGUUCAUGCCCUUACGCGAGGCCGAUUCGAAGGGUCCCGUUCCCGUUAUUGUGAAUAGCGGGGGUUUUGACUCUACGCAGGAGGAGCUAUACUUUUAUGUUGCUGCCGGUGCGCGGCGGCGUGGCUAUGCCGUCCUGACGUUCGACGGGCCGGGUCAGGGCAUCUUUUUGCGCCAACAGGACCAGAAAAGGGGAUUCCCUGCAACAGCAAGACCUGGAACCUAUAUGCGACACGACUGGGAAGUCGUCAUCAGCAAAAUACUCGAUGGACUGUUCUCGUAUGCAGCUGAGAGCCCCCAGUUGCAUCUUGAUCUUGAAAGAAUAAGCAUAUUUGGCGAGUCGAUGGGGGCAUAUUUUGCCCUGCGCGGCUCCGCCGAUCCUCGCAUCAAGGCGUGCAUCGCAAUGGAUGGCUUCUACGACAUGUGGGACAUUGCCGAUUCCAGAAUUCCGCCCGUGUUUCUGAAGGCGUGGGACACCAUGGGUGACGGGUUCUUCAACCGCGUUGUCCGGUCGCUAGGCAAGGUGGACUUCCGUACACGGUUCGAGUUCACCCACGCCAGGUUCGCCCUAGGGCUACCGGACUUUGCACAAUCAACUAGGGAGUUUAAAAGGUUUACGCUUCGCAGCGAGGACGGUUCAGAGUAUCUGCGACAUGUCAAGUGCCCCGUGUUCGUCACCGGAGCCGCGGACUGGGCGUAUUUUCCGGCAAAAGGGAACGCGACCAAGAUCCAUGCUGUCAUGGAGCAACUUCAUCCAGGAAAAUCCAAGCUUUGGAUUGCCAAAGGGGUUGGCUCCGGUGGGCUCCAGGCCAAGGUUGCGGCUAUUUCAGUGGUCCAUGAUAAAACAUUCGAGUGGUUAGGUCAGGUGUUAGCACAAGCAUAA